AUGGACACCCCAGACAACAAGGACGUGAUUAAAACAGAUAAUGCGGAUGAAACUGCUAUCAGGACUGUCUCUGCUAUCAACCCUAGUCCUGUGCAGGAAAAGGACGCACCUAAAGCUCUACUUAAGAAACUAAGUUUGACCGACAAACUACUCACACCUGCAAUUCUCGUCGCGAUGAUCGUGGGUGUCGUCAUUGGCGAAUUCGUUCCCAACGUCCAGCCUGCCUUUGACACUGCGCGAUUUGCUAGCGUAUCCGCUCCUAUAGCAAUAGGCCUCAUUGUUAUGAUGUGGCCAAUCCUCACGAAGGUGCAAUACGAAGCACUUCCACGUAUCCUGCCCACACGCACUAUGCUCAAGCAUGUUCUCCUCUCACUCGUGCUCAAUUGGAUAAUAGCGCCAUUUAUCAUGCUUGGCCUAUCGUGGGCUACACUUCCUGACCUUCCGACCUACCGUACUGGUGUAAUCAUGGUCGGCCUUGCACGCUGCAUCGCUAUGGUCAUGGUUUGGAACCAGCUUGCGCAGGGCGAUACCAACUAUUGUGCAGUCCUCGUGGUCCUGAAUAGCGUGUUGCAAAUCGCACUGUAUUCACCAUAUGCGGUGUGGUUCGUGAACUACAUGGGAGGCGCGGGAGCCUCGAUUCACGUCUCGUAUGGAAGCGUCGCCAUCUCUGUCCUAAUUUACCUAGGGAUCCCACUCGGUGCUGGCUUAAUCACUCGCAUCGUGUUGCUCUACUUUACUUCGCGAGCGUUCUUCACCACACGAUUCCUGCCCUGGAUUUCACCGCUUGCGCCACUCGGGUUGUUGUACACAGUGAUAGUUCUCUUCGCGUACCAAGGACAUCACAUCGUGCACAAUAUCGGCCAAGUCUUCCGUGUCAUGGUGCCGCUUGUCUUAUAUUUCACCAUCAUGUGGGCAGGGGCAUUUUCGCUAGUGUGGUGGCUAGGCCGUCGGGCUAGGGCAAAAGGACAAGGACAGGGAAAGCAAUGGAGCUAUGAGAUGGCAGUAGUCCAGAGCUUUACUGCGGGAAGUAACAACUUCGAACUCGCCAUCGCUGUAACCAUCGCAGUGUACGGUGUUGGUUCAGAUCAGGCUCUCGCAGCCACAAUCGGGCCACUUGUGGAAGUUCCUGUGUUAUUAGCGUUGACAUGGGUUGCACUCUACCUGGGUCGUGUCCUGCAUUGGAAUGGACGGGGCGAGGAGGUCGAUUCCUUAGACAGGACGGAGAGAGGUAUCAGUGAGAAGAAGAAGCAGGAAAGGCUAGGGGCCCAAGAAAAUGAAUGA